GUAAAAAUCACCCACCAAGGCACACCACACACACAGCCUCAGGAGCACCACCGCCCACGACACCCACACCAUCUCUCUCGUGGGGGGGGCGGCACCAUCCUCACCAUCCCCACCCUCUCCGCACCAUCACCUCGCUAGCACUGCUCACCAUGGACGCGGCGCUAUGGUGAUGGCCGGAAGAACGCACAAUUCCAAUCCUCCGCCGGGUGGGGGCUGGGUGGACGCGAGCGAUGCAGUCCACGCGGCGGCGGCGGCGGCGGCGGCGGAGGGCGGGGCGUGUGGGUGCGGCGGCGGGCCCCCUCGGCAGGCCGCUCCCGACGGAGGCUACGGCUGGGUCAUCGUGGCCGCCAACGCCCUCCUGCAGAUGGUGUUGAUCAGCACCGUGGCGGGCUUCGGGCUGGUCCUCGUGGAGUCGCUGAGCCGUGGUUCCUCCAACGCCCAGGUGGCUUGUAUGUUGGCCCUGCUGGUGGCCCUUGCGAACUGCCUCGCCCCGGUGUCGACAGGCCUCGGAUGCUACUACAGCGGGCGAACUUUGACCUUGUUCGGGGUCAUCUUGGUGGCGGUCGGCCUCCUGCUCUGCUCCCUCGCCAGUAGCGUCGUGUGGCAGUGUUUGUGUUACGGCGUCGUUGGAGGCAUAGGCCUAUCGCUCGCCCUCCCUCACGGCUUCAUGAUCGGGCAGCGGUACUUCUCGGGCAGGCGGGUGCAGGCCAACGCGCUCUCCAUGAUAGGCGGUUCCCUGGGCUUCAUGGUGAUGCCGCCCCUCCUCGGCUACCUGCUGGAGGAGUUCACGCCCCGGGGAGGAUUCAUCAUCUGGGCGGGGGUGGUCCUGCACGGGGCUCUGGGGGCGGUCCUCCUCCAUCCGGUGGAGUGGCACUUGAAAUCCGCCAAGAAGGAGGAGCAGGACGAGGGCGGCGCGCAGAGGAACGGCGCCGCCAGCCAGGUGCGGAGCGACGUCUCGGGAAGCAAGAGGGCGAGCAAGAGGGACGAGAUGAGCGAGUACGACGGCUUCGAGGACAACAAGCAGCUGACCCCCGAGGACGACGACAGCGAGGAGAGCGACGAGGAGGAGCCGUCCACUCUGCCGGGCCUGAGGAUGUACCAGGACCGGCUGCCGUACGUGUGCGCGGGCCGCGGGAUGGGCCUGGCCUCGGACCGGCCGUGGAAGAACCCGCUGACGGACACGCUGCAGACCAACGAGUACCUGGAGCGGCCCAGGACCGUGAGCAUCGAGCGCAGCAUGGAGAUCCUGCCGCAGAUCCCCGAGGAGGCCGAGGAGGACGACCUUUUCGAGAGCUUCGACCAGGAGACCGGGAACGAGAGGAUCGAGUUCCUCAACAGGGAGAACGACCACAGACACAGGCCGGUGAGCUUCGUCAGUACAAAGAGCGCCGACUCCUUCGCGUCUGUUCCCACCUGUGAGACUAUGUUUAGGUCUAGUGACAUUUUUAACCAAUUCGGUAGUGCCUUAUCCGCAAAGACUGAAAAGCUCAAAGACAGAGCGCAAGAGGAAGCCAGUAAAACCUUAUGCCAGGCCAUCGCCAACCCUUACAAAUCCCGCAAACAGCCGCUGAAGCCCCGCGUCUGCUGUGGGAUGAGGCUGCCCCGGUGCCGCGAGGUGGUCCCCUUCCACAUCCUCAGACACCCGCUGUUCGUCGUGGCUGCGCUCAGCAACGUCAUCAACAGAAUAGCGUGGAUUAUCUACAUCGCCUUCCUGCCGGCGUUAGCGGUCAGUCACGAGCUGGUUACCGAGGCGCCCUUCCUCCUCUCCAUCUUCGCCGCCUCCGAGCUGCUGGCCAAGCUCCUGAUGGCGGGGGUUGGUGACCGAGGAUGGAUGGAGAGGCGCUACUAUCACAUUUUGGCCAAUUUCAAUGGUGCUCUCGCAGCCAUAGCUGUGACACUCGCCUGGGACUUCAGGAGUAUCAGCCUGUGCGUCGGGUGGUUUGGCUUCAGCAUGGGCAUCAUCAUAGCGCUGGCCCAGGUCCUUCUGGCGGAGAAUUUGAGUUCCUCUCAUCUCUCUCAGACCCACGGGAUCAUGCUGUUCCUCACGGGGAUCUCAGGACUGGUUAUUAUACCUUUCGCAGGUUGGAUGAGUGAUAUUGUUGGCAGCUACAUGAUCAUAUAUUAUGUAAUCUGUGGCCUGUCUUUUGUGCCAUGUCUGCUGUGGGGUCUCGUGCCUUGCAUAGCCCACCACCAAGGACAAGACUUGAAAACACCCACAGACCUUGUUUGAGACUUGUUUAAGGAGCAAGGUGACCCUGUCUUUUUUAAGAAGGUGACCCCUGACUUUGCUUAAGGGGCAGUGACACCCCGAUCUUGUCUAGGAAGCAAGAUAUUUAAGAGGCAAGGUUACCCUAUCCCUGUUCAAGAGGCAAGAUAACAUAUCAUCAGGAAGUCUCCUAGAAUGGUUUUAUAUUUGAAACAGAAAAAUAUAUUGAAUACCUAUAAUCACAAUGAAUAUAGAUUAUGCAGAUAUUUUUCAGAAUUUUACCAAAUACAUUUUGAAUAUUGCACUUUCCUUUUCCUAUUUGGUUGAUGAGAUAUUAGUUAAUGUCAUCAGUCCAUAGUGCAGUUACAGACUUUGAUUUUUUUUAAUUGAAUAUGAACGAUGAAGGGUUAUGUGAUAAGCGGUAUCAUGAUUUUAUUUUACUAAGUUAGAAAUGUUUAAUGAGCUUUAAUGUUUAUAUUCUAUUGCAAAUGUGUUGUAUCUUUUCUUUUGCAACUUGUAUGCACCUAAUGAUGAGAGAGAGAGAGAGAGGAUAUGAAUUUAAAAAGUGGAACAAACUGGUAUGUUAUGAUUUAAGAUCCUCUCCAUCUGUUAUUAGCAGUUUCAUCGUUUCAAGCAAAUAAUUAAAAUGCGAUGCAAAGAUGUUGGUAUUUCUAGAUUAGAAAAAAAAUGGAUAAUUUGAUUUACAUUAGAAUGCUUUGACAUGUUAUUGCAACUCGGUUCUCAAGACAAAUCAUUGUACCAAAGAUGAUAUUUAUACAUUUAUUGAAUAGUUUAUUUUAUACUUUUAUAUAUAUACAUAUACAUACAGGACUACUCCCAUAUCAGAUUGGUAAUAUAGUGUUAAAAAUAUGGAUAUUGAUUAAGAGGAAAACUUUAAUACAUGAAUGUUUAAUUGAUAUACAAUGGGAUUAUGUAUGUUUGAUUUUAAUCUUUUUAAUUCAAAUAUCUAAUGCUUACAAUAAACAUCAUUCAAAAAUACUAGGGAUAUGUCAGUUACUUAUAGUCCUUCAAGAAUCUGAAAUAAGGUACGAUUUUUAUGUAACAAUAGUCACAAUUAUGCUGCUUCUCUGUUAUAAUGAAAAAAAUGAUUAUUGUGAAUGACAUGUGAUGUGUUUCUAUAGCUGCUAUUUACAUUUUUAAACAAAUCUAUACUGUAUUCAUUUAUUUCAGUCGGUGGAAAGCUUUAAAAUGAGACAUGAUUUUUGCUGCUGUGUUUGCUAAUGUGUAAUGAUUUUAAUCUUUCAUUGAUUUGAAAUAUACUCUUAGACAAUUUUCAAAUGAUUUUUUCUGUGAUAUGUUGGGGCAUUAUGCCAAUGUAUACUGUACAGAGUAUAUUUGUAUAUAUUUUAAUGCCUCUAUUUGGAUGAAAUGCAUUGCUAUAUUUUCUGGGCAGUAUUCUUAUGUUACUGUCCAUUGGCUUUCACAGAGAAUCUGUGCUGAUCUCAUGUGGAACAAGUGAAAUUUACAUUGUUCAGAUUUAUAUGGAAGGAGUGACAUGGUGAAAAUCUAAAUAAAAGGUCUAAAAGAUGAUUCUUGCUUUGUUAAGGUAUUUCCAUAGAUGUCAUCAAUUACGAUUCAUUGGCUUUGUAAAUGUUACUCAUAAUCAUGUCAUGAAUAUUUUAUCUUUUGUCAUAGACCAAAGAAUACAUUUAUGAGUCUACACCUAUUUUUAUUUCUCUUCUCAUCCAUGUUAUAUUUUCAUAUUUCCACUGACUAUAUGUCUAACUACUUUCACAUAAAGAAGUAUCAGAUUGC